UUGGGACGAGUUGGUCUUGCUUGGAUGGAGUUGGGAUUGGUGGCUCUGACUCUGAUUGGUUCGCGAUGUAUAUGCCUGGCGGGGUUGUUGAAUGUUAGGUCAAAGGAGCGACACCUACAUCCCGUACAUCCGUCAUUGCUCUAUCUGAGUCUAUCAUUCCAUCGAACAGCUCGACGAUGAAUUCAGUAGAGAGUCGCGGGUGCAAACAAUUACUAUGUUUGUUAAGUGGAGAAGACCUGGUGUCACUGAAAGACACGGUAGUGGGACGCCACAUCGCUGUGGACGACGACCGCAGCAAGUAGCCGCCUCUGAUCGAUGGCGUCGCGCGCUUGUCGUGAGCAGGCGCCAGCAGGCCACAGCCUUGCUCGGGUACUUGUCUGUGUACAACACCCACAUCGCGUCCACCCGUUAGUGGCGUCCUGGAGCACGACGAUGACACCAGAAGAGAAGAGGGAGUGUAGAUGUCUGCUCCACUAUUUAAGUGAUGAAGAUCUCGCAUCUUUGAAAGACACUGUAGUGGGACGAACAUUUCCCGUGAAAAACAGGCAGGAUAUGAUAAAAGUAAUCGUACGAUGCUCUUCAAGUGCAAAAGAACUACUUCAGCGCAGAAAAAUUCGAAGAGAAAUUCUUUUCCAAUAUCUUAUAUCUAAGUCUAUCCUUGUUCCAUCAACAACAGAGAAAUCUGUCUUCAUCAAAAAAGUACUGGCUCUCUGGAAAUCUCAGCAAUCAGUGUGCAGCAAGCCAAAGCCCUCUGCUUCUUACACCUGUAUGUCAGCACCUGCUUCACAGAGAUCAACAUCAGGAACAGCCUCUGCUUCUUACACCUUUCUGGAAACACCUACCUCACAGAGAUCAACAUCAGGAACAGCCACCGAUUCUUACACCUUUCUGGAAACACCUACCUCACAGAGAUCAACAUCAGGAACAGCCACCGAUUCUUACACCUUUCUGGCAACACCUACCUCACAGAGAUCAACAUCAGGAACAGCCUCUGCCUCUUACACCUUUCUGGCAACACCUACCUCACAGAGAUCAACAUCAGGAACAGCCUCUGCUUCUUACACCUUUCUGGAAACACCUACCUCACAGAGAUCAACAUCAGGAACAGCCUCUGCUUCUUACACCUUUCUGGAAACACCUACUUCACAGAGAUCAACAUCAGGAACAGCUACUGCUUCUAACCAGACACUACAACAAACCCCAGAAAGAAGUUCUAUCUAUGAGGACACAAAGACUACAAGAACUCUGAAGCCCAUUGCAUCUCACACCAGACUGGCAUCACCUGCUUCACAGCGUUCAACAUCAGGAACAACCACUACAUUCAACACACAUCUGGCAACAUCUACUUCAAGGCGCUCAGCAUCUGAAACAGCCACUGUUUCUACCCAGCCAUUGCAAGAUACCUAUCCAAGACGACCUUUCUAUGAAGACAGAAAAAAUGACAGAAUUGCAAAGCGCCCUGCAUCAAUGACAGCCACUGUUUCCAUAACAGCCACUAUUUCAAACCAGCCGCUGCAGGAGACAUCUCCAAAAAUAAGUUGCUAUGAAUACCUACAGAAUCAAAGAAUUCCCAAGGUCACGGUAUCUAACACCACCUGUCUGGCGACAUCUGAUUUACAGAGACAGGUAUCACAAACAGCCAGUGUUUAUAACCAGCGCUUGCAAGAGACAAGUAUAAGAAAUUUCAAUGAAGACCACAAGAGUCUGGUUGUGAGUCAAUGCCAACCGAACCCAUUUAAAAAAGGCCUUGGCGAUUUCCAUAAAAAAACAGAGAAUGAAGUUAUGGGGGAAAGUUUCGUCAUCUGGUUUUACAAGCUCCUCAAUGCUGAAAAUCCAGCCAUGAAUGCCGUGGAUGAAGUAGACAAGUUUGGACCUCAACAUUUUUGGGAUAACUGCACUCUGAGGGUUGUCAGCAGAACAGAAAGUUUCUCAGAUGAAACAUUCACUGGUAGCUUGCUUGUCUCACAAAGACUGAAAGCUCUUGUCAGAGAGGAACACCUUUUGUUCAACCCUAAUGUCAGCAAGGAAGGUGUUCAUACAGUCAAAAGUCCAUUUGGAAUCGUCAUGGUAAUGGUAUGUGGAACUAUUCAUCAACACAACACCUGUCUCGGCAGCUUUGAACAGGCUUUUGGUCUUGUCCGGGAAUCUUUCCAAUCCAAUAAAUGGAAAAUUCAGGUCACACACUUGCAUGUGGAGAGCUUCCAUGUAACCGCUGUUCCAAAAUUAAGAAAUUCCGUAGAACAGGACUUGCUCGCCAUUGCUAGUGAACAUGCCCUAUGCUUAUCUCGAGGCUAGAAAAUCUAGGCUUACUUAUGAAACUAAUCCUUGGUACUUGAAAAAUGAUAAUUUUCGGCAGAUUGCUCAUUAGCACCAUAGUCCUGUGUGAGCAGCUAGGUUCAUUAUGCCAAAGGAAGUAAAUUUCAUAAAAGAUUAUAUUUAUGCCACUUAGUUCGUCUUGUCUAAAAUCAGUCUCUACUACUUUCAGUACUUUGAAUGUUUGAGGAAUAUAGGUAGUUCCAUUUAGAAGUAUGCAUGCAUACUUACAUUUGCACAAGAUGAUGGCCAAGUCAGUUCUGAAGCCACAGAUAUUUAUGUAUGAACCGAUGUGUAAUGGUAAUUCCCACUAAACAAAAAUGUAACAUUUUGUUUAUUGUCGCUAGAUACAGAAAUUCCAAUAAAGCAAAUCACUU